AUGGCGGACCCUAUGGUGGAUCAGAUGACCAGGCUGAAACUAAAGCUGCUGGAGAAGAGACUGGAGAAUGAAAGGGACCAUCUUGAUGACAGAGCAGAAACAGCGCUCUCCACAAGGAGUGCUGAUGGUGUAGAAGAUGCAUUACACAGUGCACUACGGAGAAAAAGGGAUCUGCUUCACAGAUUAAGGGAACAGCAGUUAUUGGAGGAUUACAGACGGCCCCACACCUGGGGUGGGACACGCAGACAAUAUCGACAGGAUACCCGCCCCGCUCCACCUCCCAUCCAAACCUACCAGCCCCCACCGGUGCUCCCCGCACUCCCUCCGCCUCCGCCUCCGCCUCCACCUCCUCCACCACCUCGCAUCAUUCAGCAAACGAUGCCGCAGCAGCAGCCAACAACAAUAAUACAGCAGCUGCCACAACAACAGCCGCUCAUAGCUCAGAUCCCACCUCCACAGCCUUUGCAGCCUGUCAGGUCAGGGAGCAUCAAAGAAGACAUGGUGGAGCUGAUGCUCAUGCAGAAUGCCCAGAUGCACCAGAUCAUCAUGCACAACAUGAUGCUGAAGGCCCUCCCUCCCACGGCCUUGUCCCCACUAGGGGGCAGCAAUCACCCCGCCUCUGCACUUGACAAACCUAGGGGGAGCGCCAUCCAUCACCACCACCACUACAGUCCUCCUGCUGCAAACCUCCCUCCCAUUGGUUAUCCAAUGUGGCCCCCUGUGAUGUCAUCGAGCUCUCCUGGGCAGGGAGGAGCCUUCCAGCCCAUCGUGCAGCAUGUGACAGGCCCCAUGUCACUGCCGCCACUUAAUGUGUAA